AUGGAAAAUAAAAUUGAGAAGACCAACGAUUCUGCUCCAAUAUUAGAUACAACAUUUGAUCUUUGGGAUCAUUCGUGUUUACAGCCUCCUCUUUUAACUGGUCUUCAAAAUAUUUCACAAAUUUUAAAAUGUUUAAAAGACGGAACGUCCGAAGUAAAACAUCUUAUUCUAAAAGGAUGCAACAUUAUCUACGAAUGCAAACUCUGUUGCAGUUUAUAUCGUAGCUUGGCAAACUUUUUAGCUCAUAAAAGGUAUUAUUGUAAAGGAAAAAAUAUAGAAAUAAUAUCAAAUAGUAAAUUACAAAACUCUGAUUCGAAAUUAAUUCAAACAGAAUACGAAGAAAAAGAUAAAGAAAAUUUUCCUGUAGUUAACGUGAAUGAAUCUCUUAAAGCAGUUAAUAGAAACAAGAGUCCAGAUUUGCACGAAGUUAAAGUAGAAGAAAAUAAAAAUAAUCAACAAAAUAACAUUAUAUCGUCCGCAAAAAUUACAACUUUAUCUACGAUGAAAAGUAGAGCAAAGAGAUUAUCCAGCAGAACGGAUUGUAAUCUACAGUCUCUAACUUGUUUAACUUGCGACACUAAAUAUACAUCAAUUAAAACUUUAUAUCUACACAUGAUAACAAUACACUCAAAUAAACGCCCGUAUUAUCCGUGUCCAUUUUGUAAUACAUCUUUCGUUCAAAUGUGGGGUGUGACUAGACAUUUAACAUCCGUUCAUAAUAAAUCGAAAGAACAAAUAAAUAAAUUAAGAGAAGUUGUGAGAAAAAAUGCUUUUACGAGGAAAGUUACAGCCACCGAAAACAAUUCUAGUUUAGAAAGGAAUAAGAUAUAUAAAAAUCAACGAUGUUGUAAGUGUGAACGAUUAUUUAACCGAAAAUCAUCGCGAGUUCGACACGAAAAAUAUUGCAGGAAAAACAGCGUAACGACGAAUAACAAGAGAAAGAAUAACUAUAUAGGAAAACUAUUUGUAUCUACCAAUAUAGAAAAUAAAGUUAAAGAAAUGAUAGAUGCUAAGAAAUUAAUUUGUUUGAAAUGCCGAAGAAGAUUUUCUACCUUUUCUAAUUUAAGACGACACGCUGCUAUUCACGCCGGAUGGACAAGAUACAAAUGCAAGUUUUGCUAUUAUCAAUCAUAUAACAGAUCGGAUUGUAAAACUCAUAUUCGAAGAAUGCAUUCAUCUGAAGGAGAUGCUAAUAAAUUUAUUGUAGAUUUACCUUCGGUUAAAGCAUCCGUCACUAAAAUUGAUUCUUUAUGCCAUCGAUCCACAAAAUCCGAAACCACUCAAAGAAAUUUAAAGAAAACAAAUAAGAGCAUAUGUGAAGGAAUUACUUCCGAUAUUCAAAAUAAUCCAUCGGAUGCAUUAGUUACAAGAUCAAAACGAUAUCCAAAAAUUCAUCAGAAUCUAAGCACUCUUAAACAAGACAUUACCAAUGGACUAUACCUGAUUUGCCAGAGAGUUUUCUCAAAUGAAGCCACUAAACCUUCACGAUUAGAAGAACAAUUGACUAAAAUACAUUCUAACAGAAAAGAUAAAAAUUUAUCUUACUUUCAAAUGCUCAAAGAAAAACAUUCGAGACGUCCAACUUUAGCUGGUAUGUUUUCAGCGGCAUCGAAACAAGACGGGUUACGUGCCUCUUACAACAUUUCCUUGCUUAUUGGUAAAUCGGGAAAACUGCACACUAUUAGAGAAGAAUUGAUACAGUAG